CCCAAGUCCUAAUUUCUAGGAAUUCAUUUCUUUGUUGUGUUGUGUUGUGUUCAGCAUAAGAAUCACACUCUUACAUUUUGACUCAAAUUCAACGCGCUGCAAACAACAGAGGGCGGUGGUGUCGUCGAGUCCGUCCGUCUUCCACGUCGCAGCAGCCACAGACUCACCGUGUUCGUCGCGAAUCAUAGCGCCAAGUCUUUGCCAGCAAAUUUAGAAACAAUAUCAUUGAGGAAAAAGAAGCAAAUCAAGAAAGUGCAAAUAUUCUAUGAUGGAUAAACAUGGAUAUGUUAAUGCAAGACUCACAUCUUUCCUUGAGAAAGAUAAUUCGUUUCUCACUCCAUGGAGUUGGGAUCCCAAAGCUUGUGAGAAUGGAACUAGUUCCACCAAAGAAAAGGAAUAUAUUACUUUUCCUCCUGGAUCAUAUUUUAGCUAUGGAGACCAGAUAAUUGACCGGAAGAAUGAGUUUUCUUUCUCUUCGAAAGAAGAUCCCAUAAGAGAUUUGCCUCAUAAAUCUAGGUCUUUGAAGUCAGAUAUUUUACCUCUCUCCCAACGGACCCCAAACUUUAAUCAUAACAAGCAACAACAAACUCAUACUCGAUGUUGGGUUAGGAUUUUAGGGCUUCCGCAAGAAUAUUGGCGUCCCAAAAUUUUGUUUUCUAUUGCUGGAGGAGUUGGAGUUCCCAUCUGUCUGGAUGAACGUACAAGUGAUCGUUCUUCUGGUUUUGGUCAUUAUGCUCGUGUUCUCGUGGAGAUUGAUUUAUCUAAAAAAUUAUACCAUCAAAUACUGGUACAAAGAGUAGGUUACUCUUUUACUGUUAAUUUGAAAUUUGAAAACUUGCCCUCUUUCUGUUCUUUUUGUCAAUGCAUUGGUCACACUCUUGAGGAGUGUACAACAAGGCACAUGAUUUCUUUAAGGAACCAGUCAAGCAAAGAGUUAAAUCAGUAAAGGAAGUGCCAAUUGUUAGUAAAAUUGGUUCCAAAGUCUAAAAGUGGGCCCUCAUCAAGGUACACCCAAUUUACAACAACAUUGUGAGGGUUUAAGGUUUACCAAUUAUGAAAGUAUUGGGUUUAAGGUUGACUUUAAUGUUCCAUAAGUGAAUAGCGUUAUUGAAGCAUGAGGUGGUGCAUGUGCUACUGAGUCUCUUAAUGAUUUUACUCAUGAAGUCUUUGACAUUUCUUCUAACUCAAGAAACAUAAUUCUACAACUAGAAUAUGAUGUUGGAACCUUAUCCCUCUAGUAAGAUGUAUAUAGAUGCUAAAAAAACUAUUACUGGUAUCAAAUAUGUAGCCAAUGGUGCUGACAAGAUUUUGAGAGAGAUGCAACAUGUGAAUGUAAUUACUGAUGUAUACAUGUUGGUCUUUGGAAUGAUGUAGUGGUAGAUGAUGAAUCUAGAGAUUA